AUGGCGGUCAACAUCCUACCAAAUGGAGCGAGCUACUACUUCUCCUCCAAAUCCUUGACGGUCGACGUCUAUCAGGGCCUGGUAGAUCGAGGCUGGAGACGAUCUGGGACCGUCUUCUACAAGCCGGACGUGCUGCGGCACUGCUGCCCCCAUUACACGAUACGCCUGCCCGUAGCAUCAUUCGCACCCACCAGAGAUCAACGGCAGGUCAUCAACCGGUGGAAUAAGUAUGUGCUUGGAGACGAGUACUCUAAAGAGGCUGCCAAGCUGUACCCAAAAUCGAAGGCGGACAAGGCCAAGCAGCGCAAUGCCUUCGACCUGCCCGGCGCUGUGCAUGAGAGUGAGUAUGCGAACAUCAAGCGGCCGCCAGAGCCCGCCCACCGCUUCGAGGUGACACUCGAAGAGGAUAAAUUUACCAAGGAGAAGUAUGAACUCUUCCACAACUACCAGCAACACGUCCACCAUGAGAAGCCCUCGGAGAUAUCCCAAACCGGCUUCAAGCGCUUCCUCUGUGACUCACCCUUGCAACGACGAACGACCCAAGUGAAUGGCAAGGCCCAACAGCUAGGAUCGUAUCAUCAAUGCUACCGACUGGACGGCCGACUCAUCGCAAUGGGCAUAUUAGACCUUCUGCCUCAUUGCGUCAGCGGUGUCUACUUCCUCUACCAUUCGGACUUUGAGAAGUGGAGUUUCGGGAAGCUGAGUGCUCUUCGCGAGGCAACUCUAGCGCUGGAAGGCGAGUACCAGUAUUACUACAUGGGCUUCUAUAUCCAUUCCUGCGCCAAGAUGAGAUACAAGGGCGAGUACCGACCGCAGUAUGUACUAGAUCCGGAGUCUCUAGAUUGGAAUCCUCUAGAGGGCGAACUCCGUGCUCUGCUCGACAAGAAACGCUAUGUCUCCCUUUCGAGAGAGCGACGGUUGAAAGAAGCCGCCAAAGAUACCGGUCGUGAUGUUGUAGUGUCGACGGAGGAUGGUAUGGACCAUGACUCCUACUCCGACUUUCCGUUCCCAACAGCAAAAGAGGCCAGUGAUGCCGUGAGCGAAGGUGUCUCGCUGUUUGACCUCAAAGUACCCGGUGUGAUGACCGAAGAAGAGAUCGAGCAGCAUUCGCUUGGAAAGCAGCGUAUCUCUGGCCGGGGACAAACAUUCGUAGCAGAGGAUCUGGUGGCAUGGGAAGCUGGUGACAUCCGUGAUGGGUCUUUCAAAGGCAUCACAGCUGAGUUCGUUGCGUUCCUGGGACCCGAAGUUGCGAAGCAAGUCGUCAUAGGCUUCGGUUAG